AUGACAGAGGAGAGUGAGUACAUACGAGAUUUCAUGAAACUUGCCCCGCCAACUUUUGGAGGAAAAGGGACGGAUCCUGAGGCAGCUGAAUGGUGGUUGGAAUGUAUUGAAACAAAUUUUGCAUUCUACAACUGCCCAGAGAGUCAUAAAGUGUUGUGUGCUACAUAUUUGUUGGAGGGACCAGCCAAUUUUUGGUGGAAGUCAAAGAAGCCGAAGAUGAUGGCUGGUGGGGCCCCAAUCACAUGGGCGGCCUUCAGACACGAGUUUUGUGAGAAAUAUUAUCCUGCUCUAGCGAGAUUGCGAAACCGAAAAGCAUUUAUGCAAUUGGGAGUUUUGGUAAUAAAAUAUUAUCCUGCUCUAGCGAGAUUGCGAAACCGAAAAGCAUUUAUGCAAUUGGAACAGGGUAAUAGGUCAGUAGAGGAGUAUGAGGUGGAAUUCACACUAUUAUCCAGAUUUGUUCCUCUUAUGGAUGCUACUGAGGAAGAGAAGACGGAUCUCUUUAUUCAGGGUUUGAGGCAAGAGAUACAGGGAUCCGUGUCUGCCCAUGCUUCUCAAGAUUUUGUUACGGCUUAUAAUGCUGCGGUGAAGUUAGAUGCUAGCACCCCGAGGAAUAAUCAGGGUUCUAGCAGUCAGCAGACGGUACCACAACGAGUUGAUCGCCGGCCUUAUUCAGGUGAAGGGAGGGCAGGUUGUAGUAAGUGUGGGUUAACUCAUGCGGGAUCUUGUAAUGCUGCAGACAAGAUAUGUUAUAACUGUGGCAAGACUGGUCAUCUCGCCAGAGUAUGUCGUAGUGCAAAGAACCCUAAUAUGAUGCGCCCCGAGCGAUCUGCUCCAGGUGGAGGAGGGGGUCAGUUGAGUGCCGGGGGACAUCCUCAGGCUCGAGGAAAAGCCUUUGCCACGACAAGCAAGGCAGCGGGGGAUGCCAGCACGGUGGUGACAG